GGCGGGAGGCACCGCGGGGUGCGGGGGGUUGCGCCUGUGUGGUCCCUGGGUGCAUGUGAGCGUCCUCACCGCCCGUGCAUGAGACUGGGUGCACGUAGGGUGCAUCCCCUGGCGCUGCAGGGCUGGGUGUGUGCGGCAUGGCGGGUGUGUGCAGGGGCACCAAGGGCCGAGCAGCACCUGUGCCGGGGACCUGGUGGGGGCUGGAUGGGUGUCUGUGGCUCCCACACCUCAGGAUGGGAGUUUGCUGGCAGGACUCCUUGCCCGACUCAGAGCCGAGGUUGCAGGAUCAACCCAACCACUGUGCCUGUGGGUCUAUUGCAGAGAGGGAAACUGAGGCACAGAACCACCCCGGCAUGGUGGGUAAGGCUGGGUUCCCCCAUUCCCAGUGUGGAUGCUGAACUGGACAGUCUUACCUGGGAUUGGGAGGUGCAGGAGGCAUCACACUGGGUGCCAGUCCCAGUGGGUGUCAUUGCUGCCUGAUGAGAGUGAUGCUCCGUUCAAGGCAGGGCACCCCCCGCCCCCGUGUCCCCUGAGCUGGGAAGGGGGAAGCUGGCGCGUGGCAGAGGUUGGUGCUGAGGGCACUGUGCCCGGUUGUCCCUGGUCAAUGGGCUUGUUGUGCCCGGUGCCUGUGCUGCCGGGUGCCAGCUGGGAUCCCAGUGUCAGUGGAAGCCACAGUGGAGACUCCUCUUCUCCUGGGGAUGCACUUAACUCCUUCUUAGCUGCUUGCCUGGCACAGCAAUGGCCACAUUUGGGGGGGCCAGGCAGGCGGGGGUUGUGGUAAGAGGUUUCUGUGGGUCUUUCCUUUCUCAUGCCGUGGCUGCCAGCACGGCCAGCUGUUCUCCCUGGGGAGCCCACGGGCGGACAGCACUGCUGGGGUGCCAGCCCCACUGGGGAAGGGGAGCGAGGUGCAGAGUGCUGGUGGCACCCCACGGCAGAGCCCCCGUGGGGCCUGGCAGCUGGGCAGCGGAUAUGUUUGCCGAGCCAGAAACUCCCCCCGCAGUGCCCAUCGCCCUGGCAUCAUGCCUGUGGCCUCGGUUGGGGAGCAGAGAGCCGGAUGUCUCCUCUGCCUCCCUCCCUCCCUGCUUCCUGGGGGGGAAACUGAGGCCUGGGAGCGUUUCCGAAGGCCGGGGCGAGUUUCCAUGGUAAUGGGAGCGGGGGUCCAGGCUCCCAGCUGCCGGCGACCGCCGAACAAGGGAGAAAGCGGCACAUUGAUGGGAGCCCGGCCCCUUGGGCGCGCGUCCCAGCCCGGCUGAAAAUAACCCUCCUGGGGAGCGCUGCGGGCAGCCGGCCGGGACCGAGCCCCGCUGCCAGCGGGGGGUCCCCAGGAAGCGGCUCCGGCCGGGGGAGUGACCCCCAGCCCUGCCUGCCGCCACCCCCCCGCCCCGGCCCCGUUGCGUUGGGGAAGGGGAGGGCCGGCCGGCCAGAGGAUCGAGAUCCGGAUGGAAGGAGGGGCAGAGCCACAGCCCGCGUCCGGCCGACGGACAGCCCGAGCCCCCUGCCCGCUCCGGGGGGAUAUAUGGGACGGCCGAGCCCAGGGGGCUUCUCUGUAGCCCGGGUGAAGGGACUGCGGGUGCCCCGGCUGCAGUGAGCGGGCUCCGCCGUGGGACGCCGGCACCGGGGAAGGGACAUCAGCGGUGCCAGGGGCCGGCGGCGGGCAGCCAGGCAGGAUGCGGCGCUUCCAGGCUUUGCACCGAUCUUUCCCUUUCCUCACCCGCUUCCGCCUUUACCGAAGGCUGAGCUGUAGCAUGCAGGCGGAGGAGGGCACGGACUGGCUGCUGGAGCUGCUCACUGAGCUUCAGCUGCAGCAGUACUUCCUGCGCAUCCGGGACGAGCUCAAUGUCACACGCCUCUCCCACUUCGAGUACGUCAAAAAUGAGGAUCUGGAGAAGAUCGGCAUGGGACGCCCUGGCCAGCGGCGGCUGUGGGAAGCAGUGAAGCGGAGGAAAGCCAUGUGCAAGCGGAAAUCCUGGAUGAGCAAGGUGUUCAGCGGGAAGCGCCCAGAGUCGGAGCUGCCACCCCAGCCCCAGAGUACUUUCCGCAAGCCCCCCACACCACCACCCCCCGAAGCUGGGGGCCAACACUCCCUCACCUGCCUUGUGCGGGAGCGGGACCUCUCGAUCUUUGAGAAGCUGGGCGACGGCUCCUUCGGCGUCGUGCGUCGUGGAGAGUGGUGCACACCUGCCGGCAAGACGCUGAAUGUGGCAGUGAAGUGCCUCAAGACAGAUGUGCUGAGCCAGCCAGAGGCACUGGAUGACUUCAUCCGGGAGGUGAAUGCCAUGCACUCCCUGGACCACAGGAACCUCAUCCGCCUGUAUGGUGUGGUGCUCUCCCACCCCAUGAAGAUGGUGACAGAGCUGGCCCCGCUGGGCUCACUCCUGGACCGACUGCGGAAGAACCAGGGCCAUUUCCUCAUCUCCACUCUCUGCCAGUAUGCCAUCCAGGUGGCCAAGGGCAUGGCCUACCUGGAGUCCAAGCGUUUCAUCCACCGUGACCUGGCCGCCCGCAACAUCCUGCUGGCCUCCAAUGACCUCGUCAAGAUCGGGGACUUUGGGCUGAUGCGGGCCCUGCCAAAAAAUGAUGACCACUAUGUGAUGCAGGAGCACCGCAAGGUCCCCUUCGCCUGGUGUGCUCCUGAAAGCCUGAAGACACGCACCUUCUCCCAUGCCAGCGACACCUGGAUGUUCGGAGUGACCCUCUGGGAGAUGUUCACUUAUGGUCAGGAGCCUUGGAUAGGCCUCAACGGCAGCCAGAUCCUGCACAAGAUAGACAAGGAGGGUGAGCGGCUGCCACGGCCUGAGGACUGUCCCCAGGACAUCUACAACGUCAUGCUGCAGUGCUGGGCGCACAAGCCCGAGGACCGACCCACCUUUGUGGCCCUGCGGGACUUCUUGGUGGAGGCCCAGCCCACUGACAUGAGGGCACUGCAGGACUUUGAGGAGCCUGACAAGCUGCACAUCCAGAUGAACGACAUCAUCACAGUCAUCGAGGGCAGGGCCGAGAAUUACUGGUGGCGGGGUCAGAAUAAACGGACCCUAAAAGUGGGCCAAUUUCCCCGAAACACGGUGACCUCGGUGGCAGGGCUGUCAGCCCACGACAUCAGCCAGCCGCUUAAAAACAGCUUCAUCCACACAGGCCAUGGAGACACCAACCCGCAGCACUGCUGGGGGUUUCCCGAUAAAAUUGAUGAGCUGUACCUGGGAAAUCCCAUGGACCCUCCUGACAUAUUAGGUAUGGACCCGAGCGCUGCCAGACCCACACAGCUUCCAGGCAGGACUAAAAGGCAGCCACCUCCACGCCCGCCUCAGCCUACCGUCCUGCUAACCAAACCUUGCUAUGACCCGGUGAGUGAGGAGGAAGAGGGUCUGCCAGGGGGUUUCCGGAAGCUCUGCCUGAAGAAGCCAGGCACAGGGAAGGGUCUGCGACCAGUCAAGCCGUCAGCACGGGUACCAGGCACCAAGGUGGGCGAGCGGCAACCCGGACGGCUGGCAAGUGAGGGGCCAGCGGGCGGCGAGGUGACACUCAUCGACUUUGGGGAGGAAGUGCCCCAAGGUACCCCCUCUCCAGUGGGGGAGCUGACAGCCCCAUCAUUAGCCAAGCUGGCCAUGGAGGCUUUCUCUUUGCUGGACAAGACCCCACCGCAGAGCCCCACGCGGGCUCUACCCCGGCCUCUUCACCCCACGCCAGUGGUGGACUGGGAUGCUCGCCCUUUGCCCCCACCGCCUGCCUAUGAUGACGUGGCACAGGAUGAGGACGACUUUGAGGUCUGUUCCAUCACCAGCCCUCCGAGCCGGCGGGGCAAGACCAACUAUGGCUUCGUGGAUGAGGGUGAGCGGGGACCGGUGCUGGAGGACAACCUCUUCCUGCCCCCCAAGGAGACCAAACAGCCCAGCAUGACACAGACCACCGAGCUCUUUGAGGAGCUGCAGCAGGAGUGCAUGAAGAGGCUCAACGUCCCCUUGGGACCGGCUGCCCCUGCUGAUGACAAGCCCCAAAUCCCACCCCGUGUUCCAAUCCCACCCCGGCCCCUUCGCCGCAAUGAGCCCGGGCGCUGGUCAGGGGACCUUUCCCCAGCCUCAGGGGGUGAGGAAGACCGGCCACCCCAGAUUCCCCCCCGGGACCCGCUGUCGCAGCCCACCUCCCGGACACCCAGCCCCAUGGCUCUGCAGGUGGGCUCCCCACAGCAACGUGCUGCCCUCUGCUCCUGCCUUUCCACCUCACCAGGGAAGCCCAUGCCUACCACGCAGAGCUUUGCCCUCGACCCCAAGUACGCCACCCCCAAGGUCAUUCAGGCACAGGGCAAGGACUGCUCCAAGGGACCCUGCAUCCUGCCCAUUGUGAAGGAUGGGCAGAAGGUCAGCAGCACCCACUACUACCUGCUGCCUGAGCGCCCUGCCUACCUGGACAAGUAUGAGAAGUUUUUCAAGGAGGCUAAAAGCCCAGAGGAGGUACCAGCAUCCCGCCAGGUCACCACAGCCACUGUCCGUCCCAUGGUGCAGCAGCCACUGCCAGACUGCAAGGCCAACUUUUCCUCCAAUAACAGCAACCCUGGGCCGAAGUGUCUGGUGAAAGCCUCUUGCAGCCUCCAGAAGAUUGUCUAUGAUGGGCCAGAUGUUUGCCGUCCCGCUGAAAAGAUCCGGCUGGUGCAGGACAUGGUGCACGGUGUGACCACCGACGAGUGCCAGGCAGCCCUGCAGAACCACAGCUGGAAUGUCCAACGGGCCAUCCAGUACCUGAAGGUGGAGCAGCUCUUCUGCCUGGGGCUGAAGUCCCGCGGCGACUGCCAGCGGGUGCUGGAGAUGUUCGACUGGAACCUGGAGCAGGCCAGCUCCCACCUCCUUGAUCCCUACAGCACCGCCCGCCAGAAGUAAGGUGGUGACAGCGGGGAUGGGGUGAGUGGUGUCAGAUCCAGAGAAGGCACCUCACCACGGGGCCAGUGCCCCCGCCUCCACCCACUCAACCUGCUGCUGGACUCUGGACUGAGCCCCCGCUUUGGGGGUGGGGACACCCCAAAAGGGACCCUGCCCCAGACUUGCUGGGGUGCUUAUGCCCUGGUUUGGGCAAAUGGGCUCUGUCCCCUGGCCUCUUGUUGACUUGUUUUUGUAAAGAGAAAUGUAAUUUUAAUAUAUAUUAUGUAUAUAUAUAAAAGUAUUCUAUGGAGAGGA